AAGUGACUGAAGUGUUUUGUUUGAGGAGGUGUGGACUAUAGAGCUGAAACACCCAUUUCUUUCUGUAUAUAAAACUGCUUUCUGAGCUACCCUAUUCUAUUUCAUCUACUUGUUACACUAGAUCAGAGCAAACAGAACACCAUGGCUUUUUCUAUUCGUACAGGGGGAGGAUCACGGCAAUUUUCAUCCCGGAGUGGUCUUAGUGGGGGAUCUGUAAGAGUAUCUAGUUCCAGUGGUGGAGGAAGCUUUGGUGGGGGAUCUGGUGGAGGCUUUGGUGUUGCUUCUCUGCUUGGUUCUAGUUCUGGAUUUGGUGGAGGUCUUGGCAACAGCAUGGGGGGAGGCUUUGGAGGUGGCUUUGGUAGCAGCUUAGGAGCUGGUUUUGGAGGUGGCUUUGGUGCUGGUAGUGGUGGUGAUGGUGGCCUUCUUUCUGGCACGGAAAAGGAAACCAUGCAAAACCUGAAUGACCGUCUGGCUGUCUACUUGAACAAAGUACAUUCUCUGGAGGAGGCCAAUACUGAACUAGAGUGUAAAAUCCGUGAAUGGUAUGAAAAAAAUGGUCCUGGUGCUAGUGGCCCUGGAGCUGGCCAUGAUUAUGGUAAAUAUUACCCAAUAAUUGAAGACCUCAGGAAUAAGAUAAUUAAUGCCACUAUUGACAACGCCAGGAUCGUUUUGCAGAUUGAUAAUGCAAGACUGGCUGCUGAUGACUUCAGACUGAAGUAUGAGAAUGAAGCAGCUCUUCGGCAGAGUGUGGAGGCUGAUAUCAAUGGUCUCCGUAGAGUUCUGGAUGAGCUGACUUUGACCAGAACUGAUCUAGAGAUGCAAAUAGAAGGCCUGAAUGAGGAACUGGCUUACCUCAAGAAGAACCAUGAGGAGGAGCUUCAAAGUUUCCAAGGUAAUGCCACCGGCCAAGUUAGUGUUGAAAUGGAUGCUGCUCCAGGAAUUGAUCUGACCAAGAUUCUGAAUGAUAUGAGAGGACAGUAUGAAGUCAUUGCUGAACAGAACCGUAAAGAGGCUGAAGCAUGGUUCAGUGAAAAAAGCAUGGAACUCAAAAGGGAAAUUUCCACCAACACUGAACAGCUUCAGUCAGGAAAAAGUGAAAUCACAGAUUUAAGACGCAUUCUCCAGGGCCUGGAAAUUGAACUACAGUCUCAACUUUCCAUGAAAAAAUCCCUUGAAGACACACUGGCAGAAACAGAAGCAAGUUACUGUGCUCAACUCUCCCAAAUUCAACUUCAGAUUGGGAAUUUGGAGAGCCAACUUUUCCAGGUCAGGGCUGAUAUGGAGCGCCAGAAUGCAGAGUAUCAGCAGCUCUUGAACAUCAAGACACGGCUGGAAAUGGAGAUUGAGACCUACCGCCGCCUGCUAGAUGGAGAGUUUGGAAGUGCAUUUACUGGGGGACAAGGAGGUUCAUUUGAAAGUUCAUCAUUGACAAGUUCCAAAUCACAAACACAAUCGCUGGAUUCUUCUAAUGAUCCAACCAAAACCAGAAAGAUCAAAACAAUCAUUGAAGAGGUGGUGGAUGGUAAAAUUGUCUCAUCCCAAGUACAGGAAGUUGAAGAGAAGAUAUAAGCAACAGCAUGUGCAUUAUAUUGUUUCUUUGACAAGCAUCCCAAUAAAGAGAUAUAACUUUGAGAGAGCAUAUUCUUUUGUCAGAAGUGAUGAAUACAAUUUGCCUUCUUUUUCUUUUGAUUUCUUUUACACAAAACAAAAAUACAUUUAUGAU